AUGAGUGUGACCAAUGACGAACAUCUUAAACGCAUUACUCGUUGGUAUUACAAGGACAUGUGGGGUGGCGAAUAUGAACCAUCCACAGAAAAUUUUGCUUCACUUGGAAAACUUUUAAUGCAUGUAGCUGGUGCUGACGGUGAACUUGUUGAUGCUGAGCGCGAUUGGAUAAUAGGCUAUUAUUCAGCAAUGGGCGCGCCACCUCAUAUUAUUGAAAGUCUAAAAAAUUACGAUCCUAGUUCUGAAGACAUAACAGCUGUACUCAAACAAGCAGCACAAAAAUCAAAAUCGAAAGCAUCAAUAGAAAAAAAUACUCGGCGUCUUCUCAUUUUCGAUGGAUUUCGAGCAGCAUCAGCCGAUAAAGAACUGCAUCGAAAAGAAAAACAAGCUAUUUAUGCUUUAGCCCAGAAGAUAGGGGUCGAUUAUGAUAGUGUAAAAGCAAUUGAAAAAUUAUUUAAAGCCAAUUUAAAAUGGAGACAAAAAGGAGCAUCUGUAUUAACACCCGAUGGAAUUAUACCAGAUUUUCGACGAUAA